GUAGGUCUUUCUCUGGCUGUAGAGAAAAAAGGAGGGCGCCAUGGCGUGUGCUCUGCUCUUCGAUCAAAAAUUACUAAUCGUUACGAACAUGACCAAAAAGCACGUCCUUAUCCGAUGGUUGCUCAGGUGUAGGUGCGUGUGGGGAAAAGAGCGUACUUUUAGUGAAAAACCGCAUGCUCAUACUUUAAAGCGGCCUGUCACGUAUUUUACACCAUGCACAGCAGUUAAAUCACUCCUUUGUAUUUUUCUAAUUCCCUCCCAACUCCGCACAAAAUUCUUCGCCCCUCAUGCAGCACAACUUCAGCAGGGACACGCGCUUCAAGCAGCUGCCCGAGAACAUAAAAAAGCGGUUGAUAACCCUGUACAACAAAACCAAGCAGCGCAAGGACAUCAAGACUGAAGAUUUGGACACGUCCAUUUUUUCAACACUCAGCACAAAACUGACAGGUGUGCACAGCUACGAGCUGACGAAGAAUUAUGGGUUGCUGGUUGAUGCUGGCGAGUAUUACAGGGAAUGCAGGGACAAGAACUGCAAGAUGGACGGUGCAGAUGGGCAGAGAGAGAUAGAGGAUAUGUGUAGAAUCUACAAUGAGAGCGUUAAUGGCAGGGACGUGCUGGGAGAAAUGAUUGAGUGUGUGUGUUUGAUGAGCGGCAAGUUCUUGGAGCUAAAAAGGAACAGAAAGAGGAAUGUUUGAGGAUGGCUUUGUUAAAUUAUCUCGUUUGCUGA